GCCGACAACAACGAUGGCGAGCGAUGGCGGCGACGAAUCGACGGGAGAGCCGCACAGUGUAUUCCAGACACGCCGGCUUCUACAGGUCAUCGAACUCCCACUGGAAAACUCGGACGAGACGAAUGUGAUCUUGGCGUUCGCGUCUCGAUGCGCCGCGAAGAAGCAGUUCCAAGCGUUCUACUGUGCGGAUAAAACCCUCCUCCUCCGCUCCCUUGAAGAAGACCUGCAUCCCCGCUACUGGCGCCUGCCGUGGGCAAUGGCGUUGGAGCGGUUGCAACCGACCUCCAAACUGCCGACGACCAUAGACGGAAGCUCGACGACGCCUUUGCAGCAGCAACACCACGUCGUCGGAUUGGAAUUCGCCCCCGAAGGCGACUGGCUCGCCGUGAUCGUGUCAUCGGGGUUGCGUACGUUUCUUCUUCUGGUGCCUGUCGCGUCCUUGGUUACCCGGGAACGCAAGGUUUCUCUCCAGAUGCAUCUGCGCGACGGCACCCCCGAGGAUCUCAUGAGCGUCGCACCGAGCGCCAUGUCGACCAAGUUCCGCGUCCUCAUGUAGAUGCUGUCGUUCCUGCGACCACAUGGCCAAAACGGCGCCAAGUACAAUUCCGCGGUCACGGGGGACAGCGAGGACAUGAGCGUGCUCGAGUUUGCGCAGGGCAUGUCAUCGCCGACAUGUGUGACGUGGUGGCGGUCAUUCAACGGGCGCAACUACGUGCUGCUAGGGUCCUCGUCUGACUUGAUUUCGAUUGUGCAUGUCGAAACCAACGUCGAGUGCUGCCGCUGCGAGCUCUCCGGCAAAAUCGUGCGCAUGGAGCUAGUUCGAACGGCCACGACCACGACUCUGUUGGUUGAAACGACGAAGCAGCAUCCCGACGGUGCCACGUCCUGGUUCUUUCAAGUGCUGCUGGAAAUGCGAAAAGAUCACGCCAUGAUAACCACCUUUCCCGACCAUUUUCUCCAAGAUACAGCAUCAUUCCGACCCGUACGGAUCAAACAUUUUGGCGCCGCCGCGUCCGUGCAUGUCGUCCACCGGGCGACGGACGACGACGACAAGGAGGAGGAUCUCCUGGCCGUGUGCGACGGACGCUCCGUGCGGCUGUACUCGAACGACUUUACAUGGUCGCUACUAAGAACACUGACGCUUCCCCCGUCAGUCCUCGAAGCAGAUGGCAACCCUCCUCCCCCCCAAGUCGGCAAAAUCGCCUUGUGCUCGUCCCAGUUGUUCCUUGUUCAAGUGGCCCGCAAAACCCACAACGUUGCUCUGUGGGUGUCGAUUCAACGACGACCACGACCAACGUCACCAUCAUCUGCGGUGCUUUCAGGAGAUGACGACGACGACCGUGGCCAGGAUGACGUCGAGACCCAGGUCGUGCACACGCUCAAGCUGCGCGAAGAUGAAUGGGUCCGGCACGCGCAGUUGGGCCAUGCCUCGUCGAAAGACCAGCCGUCGACGAUCGCCUACUUUGUACACACUGACCACCAAGUGUACGAAUGCCGACCCAAAUGGACAUCGUCGACGCUGUUUCAUGCGUUGUAUACACGUACAAUGCACGUGCAACACGCCGUCUUUAUCGGGUAUGCGCUGGGCUUGGACAUGGCGGCGUUGUGCGAGUCCGUGGCCGACGCCAUCUGUGCCGACCAUACAAAUAAGAAGAUGUCGCGCAACAGUUGUGAAUGGGUGAUGCGGCUGUACGCCAAGUCGGGGCACGUGAUGCCAUCCACGACCCUCCAGAACUUGCUGCAGAACGGCGGCGUGAACGCCAUCGAGUACGCCAAGGAAGCGCUGGCGUUGCCCAGCCCCUCGUACAAGCACGACCGCCAGUUUGUUGCGCACGCAGUCAUCACGUCGGCACUCAAGCUGCACCACCGAGCAACUUGCCCAGCAACCAAAGACUGGGCGUGGUUCCUAUGGUUCUUACAGUCAAAUGCAGACUUCGACACGGUGUUUGCAAUCGCCAGAUGCGUCGAUUUUGAGUGUGUCGACGCGGCGCUUCUCAUUGGACACGCCAGACAUCAUGUGGACGCGGCCCUCCAUGCGCUGCAACAUGUCGGCAUGACCUUGUCCGAGGCGCAGGUGGAUACAUUACUGAGUCAGCAUCACGCGUCCAAUUUAACUGCCCCCGAGGCGCGCGUGCUAUUUCGAUCGCUGCCGCUGUCCGUCCAGCUCAAAGUCCUUCUGAAGCAUCCGUCGGCGAUAUGGGCACAGCGCGAUUGGCUCGUGCGCGUAUUGCCGGACGCCACCGACGCCGAGUGUGUGGCGCUGGCGUCGACUUUGGACCCGCGGACACUCGACUCUGUCCAAUUUCAGUCGAGCGAUGGUGGGUUAUUGCCGUAUAACAACGGGGUGCCAGCGUCGCUCAGUGACGUGGCGUCGUCAGAAGCCAUCCCUGUGACCCUGGAGGAACGAGUGGAGUUGUUUCUGACGUUGCUGCUGCGAUUGAAUUGCACCAGCCUCGACACGCCCCCCAGCAAGGUGCCGACAGCGUUCUCACAGCAAGAUCUGGUGCAACUGCUUGGGGGAUGGAGCAAGCAGUACCGGCCGCCUGUGAUGGUGUUCCGAUGCGCCGAGUAUGGGAAUUGGGCCGCGGCCGCCGCGUGCUAUGAAGCUCAAGGCGAGUGGGUCGAUGCCAUCGAGUGCAAACUGCACCUGCACGACAUUGAACCUUCUUCUUCAUUGUCGAAUCCACAGGCUCAUCAUGUGAUGAAGACACAUGAAGAACUGGUGGGUCUAUUGGAAUCGCUUGUGUUUUCGAGUGUGAUGGCGCCGCCGAUGCGCGUGUCGGUGCUCGCGCGGCUGUUGGUUCACUGGCACGCCAUGCGCUACGACAUUGAAGUGCUGGAGCGUCACAUUUCCCAGCAAUCUGAUAUCACGCCCGUGGCCAUGCUCUUGUUUACAUCACCAGACUCGUUUGACAUUCGAGAUCGGGGGUGGGUCUCCCAGUGUCAGACCACGCUGCCGUUCUCAGGGCGGUUUUACUUCGACAUUUGCCACCGCCACAUAAGGUUGUCCUCGGCCAAAUCCGUCCAAGAAACCACCCCCCCCGCAGCCGACCCCCCCCCCCCCCCCCCCCACGAGCCUCCCUUUCAUAUUCCUUCCCCUACAGUUGACCCAUCCAUCCUCGACACUGUGCUCGAAAACAUCCACCGCCAGCACACGGACCUGCGCCACGUAGCCAUCUCACGGCAGACGCCCGCAGCGCUUGGCAGCACCGACCCCAUCGAAACCCAUGCCGUCGUCUUCUCAUGCGGCCACGCGUUCCCCGCCCGGGUGUUUCAAGACGAUGUGGUGCCCCUCUUUGAAAAGAAGAUGGCGACUGACUUCCCGUCCGUGCCCCGUACCGCCGCGACCCUCGUCGCCGAGUACCAACGAUCCAAGACAAUGGAGGCGCCGUGCCCCGUGUGUGCCUUCUCCCGCGUCCAGCGCGUCUUGGCCAGCCACGCGACGUUGCACCCACAGAAAGUGACCCGGGAACCUCCGCGCCCCCGCAUCAUGACGUCCGACCAGUGGGUGUGGAAGUAGAAAUCGAGUUGAAGAAUCUUGCAAGAAUAUGUAGUACGAAGUAUUGUUCAUUCGAUUCGAAAUUCGAGUGUUGGCGUUCUCAAUCGAAUGAGCAGAAUCACC